CAACGGGCACGCGGAGCAUCGGAGUUGUAAACCGAGCGUGUGCACUUUUCAGCACCAAUACCUCGUGGAUAGCGGCCAACAAACUGGAGGACGGUGGUCGUGUGUUAGCGGGAGUUCACUGCGAUUAACCGAGCAGUCUGCGGGUCGAUCCACCGCUGCGGCCGCGCCGAAUUUCACUGGUAGUUUUUGAGCCGACAAGAGGGGACGAGUACAGCGGCACAGCCCGAGCUUUGUCUGCCCCGGCAGGCACAUCAAGCCAGGAGCCGCAUCUCGAUUGACAGAGGCAAGAGAUAUUUUCCGGCCUGUUUGUUGAAUUUCUGCGAGCUGGGUCCGUGUAACUGCGCCCCCGGGAGGACUAAAUGGCUGCAAAUGAAGGCGAACAAAGGUGAUACAGAAUAUAAGUCGUCCUAGCCGGUUCGGGCCGCGCUCCUGUUUGUAGCCACACCACCGCCCGCUCGUGCCGCUAGCCGCCGAGGUCUCCAUUGUGUGAGCAUCUCUGUGCUAUUCCGCUGCCGCCCGCCCGACCCCCGGAUCCCGCGCUGCCACCACACACCUGCCCCCCUCCCACGACUACAACCGAGCGUGUCUCUUUUUUUGGUAACUUUUUGAAUCCUCGCACGCAACAAUAAGAGAAAUGUGUUCCCGGGUUUGGUUCGUGACCGACCGGCGCAUCAGCCAGGAGUAUCCCCAAGUCCAGAUCCUCCGGGCACUGAAGGAGCGCUGCGCCGACGAGGACGUUGAAUUCCGCUCCCUCCUCAUGGAUCAAAUCGUGCUCACAAUCACGGAGGGUCAAUUGGGUCUGCGAGUGGAGCAGGAAUUGGUGACGUCUUAUCCACAAGUGGUGGUGGUACGGGUGCCCACGCCCUGGGUGCAGUCAGACAGCGAUAUCACUGUGCUGCGCCACCUGGAGAAGAUGGGCUGUCGGCUGAUCAACCGGCCCCAGGCUAUACUCAACUGUGUCAACAAGUUCUGGACCUUUCAGGAGCUGGCCGGCCACGGGGUGCCUCUUCCUGACACCUUCUCCUACGGAGGGCAUGACAACUUCCGCAAGAUGAUUGACGAAGCUGAGCCACUGGGCUAUCCGGUGGUGGUGAAGAAUGCACGUGGCCACAGAGGGAAGGCAGUGUUCCUGGCACGGGACAAACACCACCUGACAGACCUGUGCCACUUGAUCCGCCAUGACACCCCCUACCUGUUUCAGGAGUACGUCAAGGAGUCGCACGGCCGUGACGUGAGGGUGGUCCUGGUGGGCGGUCGUGUCAUCGGCUCAAUGCUACGCUGCUCCACUGAUGGUCGAAUGCAGAGCAACUGCUCCCUGGGUGGUGUAGGUAUGAUGUGCCCACUGAGCGAGCAGGGAAAGCAGCUAGCCAUAGAGGUGUCCAACAUCCUGGGCAUGGAUGUGUGUGGCAUUGACCUGCUGCAAUUGAACGACGGCUCGUUUGUGGUCUGCGAGGCCAACGCCAACGUGGGCUUCAUCGCCUUCGACCAGGCCUGCGGCAUGGAUGUGGCAGGCAUCGUUGCCGACUUCGCCCUGUCGAUGCUCCCCAGCCGGCUCACCCGUAAGAUGUCCUUGCUGUCUGUCGUGUCAAGCACCAGUGAGACCAGCAGCGAGCCUGAGGUGUGCCCUGUGCCUGCUGGCGGCGGCUCGCUGCCUGAGGCCGUCUGCAACAUGAGCGUGGGUUCUACUUCCAGUGAGAGCGACCCGGAGCUGGCUGAGCCCUCCCAGUCCUCGCCCCGCCAGUCCACAGGCCCCACCUUGGCUGAUCUUCCCGGCCUCCCUGAUCCAGCCUACAACUUCAACACCCUCCUCGCCAAUGAGAUCAAGUUAUUGACUGACCCAAUCUACUAACUGUCUGGAAUCUAAAAAGGAGGCCUGCUUGAGGGGGCUAAAUCGAAACCUACCAGACAACAGGAAAAGCAGCUUUUAGUUAAGUCUGCUGUCAAGUGAUCACAGUGGCUCCACUGCUAGAAUAACAUCUUUUUACACUACUGUGAUGUUGUCCACUAUCUAUAUAAUCAAAGUGUCUGACAAAGAAACUGUGAAAUCUGCUGAUGUCAACUCUCUGACGUGCAGGGGCCGGUGAGCUUGAUCACUAAGUCUCAUCCCAACAUCCGAGUUUCUAUUCAGUUGUUGUCGUCCCCCUUUUUUUUAAGUGUCCCUCUUUGUGUAUCAUUCCACUUUGUGUACAAGUGUAAAACAAAGAUCUCAUAUCAUCUCUUUGAGAAAAGCCAGCCAUGAGAACGGACAACAU